UCCCGGGAGUCCCCGCGCGUCGUCCUGCUCGCCCUCCAGGCCGCCGGCGCUCGGCCGGAGUCCGCCCGCCGCCGCCGCCGCCACCAUGCUGCCCGCCGCGCUGCUCCGUCGCCCCGGCCUGGGCCGCCUCCUGCGCCAGGCGCGCGCCUACGCCGAGGCCGCCGCCGCCCCGGCCCCCGCCGCGGGCCCGGGACAGAUGUCCUUCACCUUCGCCUCGCCCACGCAGGUGUUCUUCAACGGCGCCAACGUCCGGCAGGUGGACGUGCCCACGCAGACGGGGGCCUUCGGCAUCCUGGCCGCCCACGUGCCCACGCUGCAGGUGCUGCGGCCCGGGCUGGUGGUGGUCCACGCCGAGGACGGCACCACCUCCAAGUUCUUCGUCAGCAGUGGCUCCAUCACGGUGAACGCCGACUCCUCAGUGCAGCUACUGGCCGAAGAGGCUGUGACGCUGGACAUGCUGGACCUGGGGGCAGCCAAGGCAAACUUGGAGAAGGCGCAGUCGGAGCUGCCAGGGGUGGCGGACGAGGCCGCGCGGGCCGAGAUCCUAGUUCGCAUCGAGGCCAACGAGGCCCUGGUGAAAGCCCUCGAGUAGCUGGGCUGGAUGCUGAGAUCUCUGUCCUGAGCCGCUUCCGUGGAACUUUCUGGGCCGUGCCCAUGAUUAAAGAGCACGAAGGCUGAA